AUGAUCGACAGGGCUUUUACACGGCUUCUGGGCUAUGCCCAAGACUCUCCGAUUUCAUUCCUCGCUUACCUCGCCGCAGCCUCGGCUCUUGUAUAUCUACUAAUAACAGAGCUACAGAGAGCACGAGCUCGAAUUCCCGGAUUCGAUGGACCCUCUGGCCUUCCUAUAAUCGGCAACAUCCAUCAAAUUCGUGUCAAUGCCGCGGAGCAGUAUCGACUCUGGUCCAAGAAGUAUGGAAGCGUCUAUCAAAUCAUGCUAGGCAACGUACCCGUUAUUGUGGUCAACGGCUCCAAAGCGGCAAGAGAAAUCUUCGGCGCCAAUUCUCAAGCCCUGGCUUCAAGACCCGAGUUCUACACCUUCCACAAAGUCGUCAGCUCCACCGCGGGAACUACAAUAGGAACAUCACCUUUUAGCGAGAGCCUGAAGCGCCGAAGGAAGGGCGCGGCAAGCGCGUUAAACAAGCCCAGCGUGGCCACUUAUAUUCCACACAUUGACGUCGAGACGCGGGAUUUCUUAAACGAGUUUUUGAUUUAUGGCCAAGGGGGUCGAAGACCCGUGGACCCCAUGCCCAUGAUCCAACGACUUUCACUCUCCCUUGCUUUGACAUUAAACUGGGGUACGCGCAUGGCGUCGCAGAACGACGAACUCUUCGGCGAAAUCACUCACGUCGAGGAAGAAGUGUCGAAAUUCCGCUCCACGACAGGGAACCUGCAAGACUACAUCCCUUUAUUGCGUCUGAACCCAUUCAACUUCGGCAACGCAAGGGCCCGCGAAAUGCGCCACCGGCGCGACGUGUACUUGAAGAAACUGAACGACGACCUCGACCAGCGCAUGACGCUCGGCACACAUCGGCCUUGUAUCCAAGCGAACGUGAUUCAGGAUAAAGAAGCGAAGCUCAACGCCGAGGAACUCACCUCGAUUUCGCUCACUAUGCUCUCCGGUGGCCUCGACACGCUCACGACCCUCGUCGCUUGGUCCAUGGCCCUGCUUGCACAGCACCCGGAAAUCCAAGACAAGGCCCUCCGCGAAAUCCGCGCCGUGUACCCGGCCGACCAGAUCCUGUGCGACCCGAAUGACGAUCAAUCGAUUCCGUACAUUGUCGCGCUCGUCCGCGAGUUGCUGCGUUAUUACACGGUUCUUCGCCUCUCAUUGCCUCGCGCCACGGUCAAAGAUAUCGUUUACAACGGCCACAGGAUCCCGAGUGGGAGCGUGGUGUUCCUCAACGCCUGGGCCUGUAACAUGGAUCCAGAAGUGUGGAGUGAUCCCGAAGUUUUCAGGCCCGAGCGCUGGCUCGAGACGCCUGAUGCGCCGCUGUUCACGUACGGCUUGGGAUAUCGAAUGUGCGCGGGCAGCUUGCUGGCGAAUCGCGAGAUGUACACUAUUUACCUGAGGCUGCUGAGCGCGUUUGAGAUGCGUGAUGUGCAUGCUGAAGGGGGUGGGGCAAUGAACACACAUCCAGUCAAGGGCGUGGAGGAUCCGACGCAGCUUGUGUCCGUGCCGAAACGGUAUAGACUGAGGCUGGUGCCGAGGGAUGAGAUGGGGUUGAGGAAGGCAUUGGAUGAGUACGUGGAUGAAGAGAAGCAUUAA